UGCGUUACGUUGGCAGCGUUUUGACAGUUGACGUAAAUGACAUCCGUCGCCCCAAUUUAGUUAUUAGUGAAUAAUUUCAACAAAAACAGCAAUGAAACGUUAAUUUUAAGGUUAAUUCGGUAUUAAAAUAGUGUUUUGAAUGUUUGGUGGUCACUUCGUUCCCUUGUAACAUAAAUUAAAUCAAAUCGACCUUUAAGGUGUGUCUGCCACGAAUCUCUACGCUGUUUAAUGUUGAAAAUAUUCCUUCAUGAAAUUCCUAAUGGAUUUUAUAAUGCCACCCCUCAAGAUCAGCAAGUGCAUGUCAGACGUGGCUCAGUCCAGGACUGACAACAUUUUCUUAUCUAAUCUGCCAAUCGAAUGCAGCAGCAGGAAUACCCAGCACACUUGCCGGAACUACAUCUCGAAAGUGUUGGGCAACUUGAACGAGUUGAGAAGGAACAACAGGUUUUGCGAUGUAGAGAUUAUUGCCGAGGAUAAAAUUUUUCAGGCCCAUCGUGCCGUCCUUGCUGCCAGCAGUCCAUACUUUCAAGCCAUGUUUACAGGGGGGUUAUGCGAGAAAGACCAACAUUCCGUGGAACUGCAUGGAAUUUCGUCUUGUAUUUUUGACAUUUUAUUAAAUUUUAUUUAUUCUGGGGAGGUUAAUAUUACGCAGAACAACGUGCAAGAGUUGAUGAUUGCGGCAGAUAUGGUGGGCCUGAGCGAAAUUGUAUUGGGAUGCACAGAGUUCUUGAUUAAGGAAUUGCAUCCUCUGAAUGCCAUUGGAAUUUAUAGAUUUGCCGACGACCACAACUGGACGGAGUUGAAAACGGCAUCCGUCCAAUACAUAGAAAACAAUUUCCCCAAAGUAUGCAAAGAGGACGAAGUCUACGAUUUGCACAAAGACACCAUAAUCAAAUUCCUCUCGUCUGAGAAUUUAAAAAUCGACUCUGAAUUUCAAGUUUUUCAAGCUGCGUUGCGGUGGAUCAACCACGACAUUCUCGGUCGGCGUCAGUACGUCUUCGACAUCUUGAAAAACGUCCGACUACCCCUUUUACCGCUCGGUUUGCUAGAACGUGCCAUAACCCAGUGUAACGACAGCAGCUUGAGGGUCGCUCUCAAGUCAAUCCACAGCGAUCUCCUCAACAGGAAAGGUUGCUUAGUCCCCUUGAACGUGGCCCCUCGAAAAUGUGCCAAAAAAGAUAUAUACGUGAUCGGCGGUUCGAAACGCGAACUCCACAGCGUUUGGGACAGAGGCCUAGAAAUGAAUUACGUUUCGGUCGAAAAGUUCAACACUUUCAGCAGAGAAUGGAACAAAGUGCCCGACAUGACUGUGAACAGACUCGUCCCGGGCGUUGCCGCACUCAACGGCCACAUCUACGUCGUCGGCGGCGAAGAGGGUUCGUCGAUCCUCUCUAGCUGCGAGCGCUUCGAACCCCAGACCAACCAGUGGACGCAGGUCGCCAGCAUGGUGGUCUCCAGGUGCGAGUUCGGACUGUGCGCCCUCGACGGCUACUUGUACGCAAUGGGCGGCUGGGUGGACACCGACAUAAGCGGCUCGAUCGAGCGCUACGACCCGAAAAUCGACGAAUGGCGACUGGUGGGGAGCCUCCCGGAACCCAGGUUCAGCAUGGGGCUGGUCUCUUAUGAAGGCCUCAUUUACAUGGUGGGCGGCUGCUCCCUCAACCAGCGGAAUCUCCAGGACCUCAUGAGCUACAACCCUUUCUCCGGGGAGUGGAAGAAGCUCCCGUCGAUGUCGGUGGCGAGGUUUCAGAUGGGCGUCGCCGUUUUGGACGACUAUUUGUACGUGGUGGGGGGCACCAAUCGUCAGCAGGUGCUGAAUUCGGUGGAGAGAUACUCGUUUAAGACGAAUAAGUGGAGCACGGUCCCGCCCAUGUCGGUGGAGAGGAGUGGUCCGGCCGUGGCCGCGAUGGAUGGGCUGCUGUACGUGAUAGGCGGGGCGCAGACGCACGCCACGCCCUUCUACAGAGCACAGUGCACCAUUUCGUCGGUGGAGUGCUUCGAUCCUAUAACGAAUUCGUGGGCGGAGUGUCCGCCUUUGUCGGAGACGAGGGCGGAGGCGGGGGCUGUGGUCAUAUGAUCUCGAUUUUUGCUUUAAUCAAGAGCUUUAAAAGAGGUGAUAAAUAUUUAACGAAGUAGAUAUGAGAAGCAUUUAUUUAUACUAUGUUGUACGUACUAUUUUCUUUUUGGUUUUUUUAGUUGCCAGAGUUUAUUUGUAGGGAGUAGACCAAAGAAUAUAACCAAAUUAUGCUUUUACGUGGAUCUCUUAUACACACUUAUUUAUUUAUAGAUUACGCUAUUUACGAUAGAUAAAGUUGUUAUUGCAUUUUUUCUCGAAUAUGUGAAGUUUUCCGCCAAAAGUCGACUUGCCUUAAUAUAUUGGCGGGAAACGGACAUCAGCAAGAAUCUCAUCCAAUUUUAAUUGAUAGUGGCUAAGCGCUUUGCUUUCGAUUAUAAUUAUUACAUAUUUACGUAUGCAUUGCCGUUGACCAAUCUCUAAAAAUAACAAUAAAGCGAUUAAUACAAA